AUGCAUCUGUCUGCUCUUCUCACUCUUCUCCCAGCCGUUCUGGCUGCCCCUGCCACUAUUGGCCGGCGCGCUGAGCCAGCUCCUCUCUUCACUCCUCAGGCUGAGAGCAUCAUUGCCGACAAGUAUAUUGUCAAGUUCAAGGAUGAUAUUGCCCGUAUCGCUACCGAUGAUACGGUGAGCGCUCUUACCUCCAAAGCCGACUUCGUUUACGAGCACGCCUUCCAUGGGUUUGCAGGCUCCCUCACCAAGGAGGAGCUGAAGAUGCUUCGUGAGCACCCCGGUGUCGAUUUCAUUGAGAAGGACGCUGUGAUGCGUAUCAGCGGCAUCACUGAGCAGAGCGGUGCUCCCUGGGGUCUUGGGCGCAUCUCUCACCGCAGUAAGGGAAGCACCACCUAUCGCUACGAUGAUAGUGCUGGUCAGGGUACUUGCGUAUAUAUCAUUGACACUGGUAUUGAGGCCUCCCACCCCGAGUUUGAGGGUCGCGCCACUUUUCUUAAGAGCUUCAUCAGCGGUCAAAACACUGAUGGCCACGGCCAUGGGACUCACUGCGCUGGUACCAUUGGUAGCAAGACCUACGGUGUUGCCAAAAAGGCUAAGCUCUAUGGUGUCAAGGUUCUUGACAACCAGGGCAGUGGUUCCUACUCCGGUAUCAUCAGUGGCAUGGACUACGUUGCACAGGACUCCAAGACCCGCGGCUGCCCCAACGGCGCCAUUGCUUCCAUGAGCCUGGGAGGUGGCUACUCGGCGUCCGUCAACCAAGGUGCUGCUGCUUUGGUCAAUUCUGGUGUCUUCCUUGCCGUCGCCGCUGGCAACGAUAACCGGGAUGCCCAGAACACCUCUCCCGCUUCCGAGCCUUCUGCCUGCACUGUUGGUGCCUCUGCGGAAAAUGACAGCCGAUCUUCCUUCUCCAACUACGGCAGAGUUGUCGAUAUUUUCGCUCCUGGUAGCAAUGUUCUUUCCACCUGGAUUGGUGGCCGCACAAACACCAUCUCUGGUACCUCCAUGGCUACUCCCCAUAUUGCCGGUCUGGCUGCCUACCUCAGUGCGCUCCAAGGCAAGACUACCCCUGCCGCUCUUUGCAAGAAGAUCCAGGACACUGCUACCAAGAACGUGCUCACCGGUGUUCCCUCUGGCACUGUCAACUACCUUGCCUACAACGGUGCCUAA